AUGAUUUUUGAUGUGGAGAAAAACAAAUCGAGAAUCAAAGUCGAGGAAUUACAGAAUGAAUUUCCAAAAGCUAGGCUCGGUUACAAGAUAGUCGAUAUCACAGAUGAUGCAGCCGUUGCAACUAGUGUUCAGGAAUCGGCGAAAUUUCUAGGCUCUAUUGACGUUGUCCUUUGUUUUGCCGGUGUCGUCGGAUGUACACAUGCCCUUGAAAUGACAGCUUCGCAGUGGCGUAAGACACUGGAUAUUAAUACUACAGGGAGUUUCUUUGUAGCUCAGGCCGCAGCUAGACAAAUGAUCGCACAAAAGACAGGUGGUAGUAUUGUGUUCACUGCCAGUAUCAGUGGGCAUCGUGUCAACUACCCUCAACCACAGAUCGCUUACAAUGUGAGCAAAGCUGCGCUGUUGUCACUUAAGAAUUGUCUAGCCGCGGAAUGGGCAAUCCAUGGCAUCAGAACGAACUCCAUCAGCCCAGGAUAUGCUGAUACGAUUUUGAACGAGGGAGAUGGCCUUGCGGGGUGUAGAUCUAUCUGGACUCCGAGGAAUCCGAUGGGAAGGAUGGGUUCGCCGUCGGAGCUGACAGGCGCUGCCGUAUUCUUGUCCAGUUCCGCAAGCACUUAUAUUAACGGCGCCGAUAUCGUAGUUGACGGCGGUCAGGUCCUCUUUUGA